UACAGCGUGAAUCUUUCGGAUCUCUUUGGUCGGACUCGGGUCCUCCAUUCUCAUCCCUCUCUCUCUUCAGAUCUCUCUAUUCCCCUUUUCACACUCUCACUCAGGUUAGAGGUAACCAUGCCACUCUCCAUUUUCACUUCCCUUUUUGCUGUUACUCUUCUGAACCCAUCAAAAUCUCAUUUUGGAUAGCUUGGUGUGAAUGAUCGAUCCAAGUAACCUUUCGUCUGCUGAUGGUAUUGAAGUAGUACACUAGAAUUGUGUUCACGAAAACAAUAUACUUUUGGAGAUGAUACUGGUGUUUUGAAUGGUGUUAGAUGUAGACCCCAGUGUUGCUGAAAUUACAGAAAUGGCAUCUCCAAAUGGAAAUGUUGAAAAUUUUGAUGAGUUGGAUGGUGCUGCAACUGAUAACUCAUCUGUGGUGGAAAUCAGGGAAGUAGCAAAUGGCAGCAGCAAUGGCAACAAUGUGGACAAUUCGAAUGGUGAGGAUGUUACUACAGUAGAGGAUCAAUCAAGGCAAUUAAGAGCUCAAAAGGGUCCUGUGAAGGAAAAGUGCACAAAACCCACAGGUUCGAAAGAUGUUCAUGUAAACUCGGUGAAAAGAGGCAAAGAUGGAAAAGAUGAACAUGCAUCAUCUGCUGUUUCAAAUGGUAUUUCAGCUUCAGAACCCCACCCUAGGCAGCCUGCCAAAAUCAGAUCGUAUAAUGACAAGGAAACUCGGUUGUCCAAGCACCCUGGAAAAUCUGAUCCAGUGUCUUCUGAAGUACCACUGGACAAAGCUAAACCAAGAUCAUUGAAGAAAGGGGCCGCUGAAAAUGUUCAAGGAGGAAUAGAAUGUUCUUCUCCUACUGCAGAAGAUGCUAAACAUCGCAGGGUUGGGGCACUUCCCAAUUAUGGAUUCAGCUUCAAAUGUGAUGAGCGAGCUGAGAGAAGAAAACAGUUUUACUCAAAGCUCGAGGAAAAGAUUCACGCAAAGGAAGUGGAGGAGAGUAACCUACAAGCAAAAACCAAGGAGACACAAGAAGCUGAGAUUAAGAUGCUUAGGAAGAGUCUUGCAUUUAAAGCAACUCCAAUGCCUAGUUUUUACCAGGAGCCUACUCCUCCUAGGAUGGAGUUAAAGAAGAUACCAACUACAAGAGCGAAAUCCCCCAAGCUUGGUCGUAGGAAGAGCACCACACAUCCAGAGUCAGAAGGAGACGCUAUCAGCAGCGCUCAAGUAGGUCGUUUAAGCCUCGAUGAGAAAGCGUCUCAGAGUACACCAACUAAAGGAAUUUCUCCUGUCAAUCAAAAGAAACCGCAGCGAAAAUCUCUUCCUCCUCGACUGGCUUCUGAAAAGAGUAGUCCAUCCAAUUCAUCUACUGCACGGACUCCAUCUAAGACACCUAAUAUCACAAAAACCCCCUUAUCUAGUAUAGCGACUAAAGUUACCACCUUGUCCAAUUCAACAGUGAAAGAUAAAGUCAAGGUGGCUGAGGCCAAUGAAGAAAACAACAUCUUGUCCCAUGAAACAAGCAAAGUUCCACCUCUGAAUUUGGCUCCCAGUCCCAUCGACAAGCCAAGUGAAGCUGAGUUGUGCACAAAUGGCAAUGUACUCAGAGAAGAGAAACAAGAACAAGAACAAACCUUUGUACAACAAGAACCCAUAGCGACCGAGAAUUAAGUGGCAGGAGCAGAACUGAGAAACCUACUAUCUGGAGCAGUUUAUUCGUCUUGUGGAUAUUGCAGAAGCGUAUGACUGAGAUUAUUUAACAACGAAGGCCUGCAGAUUUGCAUUAUGAUUUUUAAUGUCAAUUUGUCGAAGCAGCAUUGUUUCGCGUCCUUCGCUCACUCCCGAAGCAUGCUCAUUUUGUCCCUCUCCCUCUCCCUCUCCCUCCUUGUGGCAGCAAUAUGUAACUAUCUGUUGGGUUGUUCUUAGUUGAUGUUACUUUAAUUAUGCAGCAUUUGUCUGAUUGUUACAUACUGAAAAUGUUAGGGGAAAUUUUUGAGAAUGUUAUUUCCUUUCCAUCAGUGGUACAAUUCUGUUUCAGGCCUUUGCUUUUGUAUAAUUGGCAUUGUCACAUUAAACAAGCUGUUUUAUGUUGUGAACAAUUCUCAAUCAUAUAUGCUUGUCUUACACCUU